CACGACAACGGGCACCAGCGGUAACGGCAGUCCGCUGCAGUGGAAAACACCGCUCGGCCGCGAGAGAGACACAUGUGUUUCACUUCGCACACCUCUCAGAAGAGUCUGUCUCGCGUCUGCCACCGGCGGCGAGUCCCCGGACGGGUUUGCAAGCACACACGCCGUGAUACGCGCGUCCCCCUGGUCUCGUCCGCGGUUUUUCCGCGUGUUUCUCGCCCCCCGUGCCCGUCCGCGAGAAAAAAAAAAAAAAACACGCGAAAAUUUCUCUGGUCUCCUUGAGUCGACGGUGUCGACCCUUCUCGUCGACAACACUGCGGUGGCGGUCCGCGUUCCGCGCGUUUCCGCGUUUUUCGUCGUCGCCGGUCCGAUUUCGCGCAAGCGGUGCUGCACCGAGAGACCGCGACUUGACUGCUUUGAAAGCGCGAGCGAAUCGAUCGCGCGUCGAUUUCAAUUUUUCUAUCUUCGAAUGAUCGAGCAAUCGGACUUUUUUUCUCAAACGACACUCACAACAAAAAUUCGCGAAACAACUUCCGUUUGUUUCUUUUCUUUAUUUUUUUUUUUUUCUACUGUUACUUUCGCGCGAUCUUACCCCGUAUCCCCCGUUUUUGUAUACAAAGAUCGCGGAUUCUGAUUCCACAUUCCCGCUUCUCGGCGCGAACAAAAACCCGCGCGAGAUUUGCAAUCGCGUGACGUGCAUCGAUGCGCUUCUCUCUUCCUUUCUUUUGUUUUUUUUCUUUUUUUUUGACACGGUCAAGCGGAAUCGUUUGCAGAGGCGGAGAAGUUGGCGUUUGUGCCUUUACACGUAAAGUUGCGUAGUAGUAAUGUCUCAAUAAUAUAAUUUUAACAAUAAGAAAAGUAUAUAUAGGCGCAGCAAACGCGUCUUGUGUACAUACAACACACACGCGCGAGAAGUAAAAAAUCUUAUAAUAAAAAUUAUGCAACUAGCAAGGGAAUAUACAGAAUUAAUUGAGCGCGAUUCCGAGGAAAUAUCGUUCUUGUGGAAGGGCUUGCAAAUGCUGUGUUAUUUCGCGAGUGCGGUGUCCGGAUACAGUUGCGCUAUGUUAUUUUAUAUUCUUUGGAAUGGCCUUUUCGGUGGUCACUGCCCUCUCUGGGCAAAAUUAGAUUAUCUGUCUGAAUCGAUACGCGUCGAAGAUGAGCAUCUGCACGACUACGUCGCGGUUGUUCGAUUGAACGCCACCGAUUGGAAACGUUAUGUCAUCGUCAGCUACGAUUACGAAGGCCAUUGCGAGUUCUAUCACGCGGUCUGUUUCAUAUCUUGCAUAUUCGGAAUCGUCUGGCUCACGAUGUUUCUCAUGUGCGGGAAAGGUGGCUACGACUCCAGGAGCCAAGAAUCAAUCAUUUCCACUUAGUAAAUAUUCAUUGCGCUUUAUUACAG